GGAGUUGAGGUUACUCUGAGAAAGGAGAGGGACAGUGGGUGUUACUUCCGGCUGUCAAGGGGGUUGAAUGAGCAGCAGCUUCCUGGGAAAUGUGGAGUGCAGAUGAUACAUAGCUUGGCAAAAUAAAACUGCAUUAGAAGCGUUUGUGAAGGGCGUCCAGAAAGACAAACAGAAGUACAGCAGAAGAAUGGCUACAGAAUUCGAUCUGUCUCCUCCAGAAAUACCAGAACCGACCUUUUUUGACAACGUCCUGCGUUAUGGCUUGUUCCUAGGGGCAAUUUUCCAGAUUAUCUGCAUAUUGUCUAUCUUAUUACCUUCUUCUAAAUCAUCAGAGCCAGUAAGAACAAAUUCACUCACUUUUCUUCUAACUCGUAAAAAAGAUAGUGCUUCCAAUUUGAAGGGGAUCAAAAAGCCAUUGUUGGCUUCAUUGCUCAUUGUGGUGAAUUUAGUGAUGGCUUUACCAUGA